AUGGGGGAGCCCUUCGACCAGGCCCUGAGCGAUUGGAGGGACUCCGUCCGUUCGCUGCAGGAGCGCGCGAGGAGGGCCCACAGCGACGUCAUUGCCGCGAUCGAGCGAAAACAUUCUGAAGAGCAGUUGGCCCUCAAGAGGCAGAACGAGGAGCUCAACAUCAGACUCGGGAGGGUGGAGGGAGCUUACGCAGAGGCGAUAACGGAGCUGGGAAACACCAAGGAGAAGCUCAGGGAUUCUGCCACGAAAAUUAAAUCUCUGCACGACAGGAGCAUCGCCCUAGAGGCAGAAAUCAAGGCUGCCCAAAAUGAACACGCUGCAGAACGUGCAUCACUGCAGAAAGAGAAUAAGGAGCUGCAGAAAAAGAUAGCUAUUGAGAAGUACCGAGGCACUAUGUACCUGGAUGAGCUGAACGCCCGGAUUGCUGUCAAUGCCAACCUUCGCAAGCAGCUCAUGGACAGGUCCAACUCGCGUAGACAGGGAGCAUCUGGAAGAGAGGACCCCAGAGAUGCCUUUGAAAGUCGCCCGAAUGUUGGCUCUCCCAAUCGCCUAGCUGGGCCCCGCCUUCCCACAAAGGGGGCGUCCAGGGAGGAGCAGGAAGUUGCUGAUUCCAGUAACAAGGGUUCAGACUGGGGUCACAGGUCAGUUCGGCAGCAGCAACACAGAAGCAGCAUCACUCCUAGGGCUGGGGAGAAGCGGCUGAGGGAUGAGCCUGUAGCUGAGUCAAGCCGCACUGUCAAACGCUCCGCGACAGGCUGGCCUGCCAGCCGGAGCCCGCCCCGGGGCACAUCAAUCGGGGGGGCCUUGGAAGACUGGGGUGUGCGCACCAGGAUUGGCAGAGUAGUGGAACCCCAAGUUUCGACAGAGGUUGUCAGAAAUCAGCCAGAAAAGGCAGUCGGCCUUGGGGAUGCUGGUGUGGCAGUGCAGGUCCCAGGUGGCAUUGAUCGUUGCAGCGAUUCUGGUCGUUGUGGAAAAGACAGGUCAUCGCUGCAGGUGGCCCUGCCCGAUGACGAGCAAAGGAAGUCGGCAACUGGAGAUCGGGAUAAAGCUGCGUCCGCAAAGUACCCUGCAGCCGAUGAGAAUGCAUCCAGACAUGGGGCACAGCCACCACAGUGCAUUGGCGAUCACUCUGUCAUUGAUCUGUUAGAGCCAGUCACUCCAACUCCAGAUCCAGCAGACCGCCACAUCGUUGAUGAGGCACCAAGAGGGGAUGCUUGCUCCUCACCGCACCCAGAAUCAGGUCUGCCGAUUCCUGACAAAGUGGAGAGGGACCGAGCUGGGGAAACUGCCCUCCAGCGAUCUGGGAAGGUGGCUCCUGGGCUGGCUGGCAGGCCUCCAGAGAAGCUUAUAACAAGUCGUUUCAGCCAAGGCCGUGCGACUGCUGGAAAGCUGCCACUGGUGGUGCAGCCAGGGCCAUCUUCAGUCUCCGUCCCAUCAUCAGUAUCUGUGGGAGCAAGGACAGAAGCUGCACAGGGCGGUGAGCGGAGUCACAAGUAUGCUGAAGUAGUGAGGACCAAGGCGGCCAGGGAGGCCCUGCCUGCCUUCGAGUGCCCAGAGUGUCGGUCCUUCUACGAGGCACUGGACAGCUGGGGCCAUGUGCCAGACGCCAUGCCUGUGUGCAGUCAUGCUGCAAAGCAGCAAGGAGGCGGGAAAUCUGUUGCUGCACAGCCGCGCACAUCUGGGCUUCAACAAUCCUCCAGGCAGAUGUGCCAAAAUGGCUCGCGCCAUCGCUACAGAUUCGCGCCUCCGGCCACCCCGGAAGGGUUCUGGGACUUGGGGUUUGGCGACUCAUCAAGCGCCCGGAUUUGA